AUGGACAAGGUAGGAACGGUUGACGACAAGAUUGCAGCGUAUUGUAAGGUCUUACCCAAGGUGGAGCUUCAUGCACACAUCCAUGGGUCCAUUCGACCAAAGACCCUGGAAGAUUUGUUGAAAAAGGAGGCAGACCGCAACGGAACAAAAUCUUUGUGUCUUCCGAAGAAACGCGGUCUGAGUGAAUGCUUCGAAAUGUUUGAGUUGAUCCACCAAGUCGUCACUAGUCGAUGUGCACUUCGCCGAAUUGUUGUUGAAACAGUAGAGGAUUUUUCUGCAGAGAACGUCAAAUAUUUGGAGUUGCGUUCCACACCGCGUACACUACCGAGAGAUAGUGCCAGCCGUGAAGAGUAUGUGGAUGAAGUUGUGGCAGCCCUUGAGGAGUGUCAAGCACGACAAGAUCUGAACAUUGAUGUGCGAUUGCUGCUGAGCAUUAACCGGAACCAAUCGCUUGAGUUGGCUGAAAAUACCGUGAGCAUGGCGCUCAAGCGCAAGAACGAGCAAAAGUGUCCAUUUAUAGUGGGUAUCGAUUUCAGUGGUAAUUCAGAGCGUCCAGAGUCCGAAUUUUAUCGCUUUGAGAAAGUCCUAGAACGUGCACGAGCCGGUGGUCUUAAGAUCGCCGUUCACUUUGCUGAGCAUUUUGAUGUUGAAGAGUCGAAUCGUAUUCUCUCAUUUCGGCCGGAUCGACUCGGUCACGCCUGUUGUCUAUCAGAGCCCCUCUACGCCAAAAUGCUGGCGCUGCGAAUUCCCAUCGAAGUCUGUCUGACCUCCAAUGCGCACACGCUGGCAAGAUACCGCAGCACCAAAGACUGCACAUGCUUAUCAAAUGGAAAGUAUGAGACAUCAAACUUGUGCGUGUGUGACUUCACUUCGCACCCGCACGGCAAGCUGCUCGCGAAUGCGCGAGGCCAGGAGCAACAGCUCGGUGUUUAUCCCAUGUGUCUAUGCACGGAUGAUUGUGGUGUGCUGGAGACCACUUUAUCCAUCGAGUACAGGCGAGCCGCACAGGCGUUCUUCCUUGACGAGGCAAGAAUUUUAGAUAUCACACGAGCACCAAUAGAAGCAAUCUUCGACCAGAGCCAAGUAUCCAAAUUGAAGAUGUUGUUUCAGUAG